AUAAUAAACUGAGCUGCACGAAUCAUAAAGCGCACACAAAUCGCGCACGCUGCUGAUGAUUAAAGGCAAGAAAGACGGAAGGUCUGCUCCUCUUUCCUCGGUAUCGGAGAGAGAGGGAGGAAAACACAAUGGCCGCCUCUUCUGCUCUCAGACUGAUUCUCGGCUCCUCGUCGGCGUCGCGCCGCCAGAUUCUGGCCGAGAUGGGGUACCAGUUCAAAUUACUUAGCGCGGACAUUGACGAGAAGGAGAUCAGGAAGGAGAAGCCAGAGGAGCUGGUGGUCGCCUUGGCUCACGCGAAAGCAGAUGCAAUAUUGGAUAAGAUGCGGAAUAAUGGGAUGAUGAAAGAGAUUGUUGACUCUCAAGAGACUACCUUAUUGAUCACUGCUGACCAAGUUGUGAUUCAUGAUGGAGUUAUUCGAGAAAAACCUACCACUCCAGAGGAGGCACGUAAAUUCAUCCAAGGAUAUUCCCAAAGCCAUGCCGCGACAAUUGGAUCUGUGCUUGUUACAAAUGUGAAGACCGGAACUAGAAGGGAAGGAUGGGAUAAAUCUGAAGUUUAUUUCCACAAGAUACCCAAUGAAGUUGUUGAGAGCUUGAUUGAGGAGGGCAAUGUCUUCUACGUUGCUGGAGGCCUUCUAGUAGAGCAUCCACUGACUUCACCUCUCGUGGAAGCCAUUGUCGGUACAAUUGAUAGCGUAAUGGGGCUUCCUAAAGCUCUCACGGAGCAGCUCAUCAAGGAUUCCCUCCAAGAGCCGUAGCUGCAAAUUUCUGAACUAAGCUGGCUGGCGACGGGAGAUCUCUUGUUGGAAAAUCACUAUUCUUGUGCUGAACAAAACUAAACACUCAUCCUUUCUGGCAAAUGGAGAUUGGAGUGGACCCUAAUCAGCUUGGUCAGCCUCGCUAUACCAACUUUAAUAGGCUGAAUUUUAGCAUUCACUGAAUUCCUCUUGGUGGCUAAGUGAACUGGGUAGUAGCCAGUAACAUUUUUGGAGACCUUUCUGUGACCAACACGGCAUCAAUGGGCUUCAUUCUUCCAUGUGAUGUUAUGGGUCUGACGGACCAAACAUAUGUACGUCAUCUGUUCUACCGCAUGCUAUCAGGAGAUCAGCGGGUUGUGAAUUGUUU